CAUGAAGGUUGAGAGACUGAGAUGUAUAUAUAUAUAUAUAUAUAUUAUAGAGAGAGAAAGAAAGAGAUUCUAGAGAGAGAAAAAUAGUAAAUUAAUGAAGUGGUUUUGAGCUUAGCUGGAUUGGGCGGGAUCUUCGGAGGUCAACACCACCGGACUUGGUUCCACCACUGUCAGACCUGAACCCCAGUGAGCAAGAGCCACUCGUCCAGACCAGACCAGACCAGACCCAUAGGGCUCAGCCUUGGCUCGUCUCAUUGAAAGCUGCUUUAAAAGCGCUUUUUCAAACUCCGGCAAAAGUAGUGGCGAUUAUAUCAGAGUCUGUACCGGACCAGCCUUUUUUAGCUCACGAAUGUCAAGCCUUUAAAUAUGUGUGUAUAAAAGCCCUUUUUUUCUAGCUUUCUUUUUCCUUCUCGGAGCUGUGUUAGAGAGCGAUACACAGUAGCUAUUCUUGACCACUUUCUCUCUCUAGAAAGUAGGAGCAGUAUUCACUUUCUCUCUCUACAACUCCAAUUUUGACUAAUUUUUAAUUGUAUCCUCACUUUCUCUCUCUUCCGUCAACCGAAGCAACUGAAAGAAGUAGAGAGAGAGAGAGAGUAGGUAGAGAGAGAGAGAGAAGGGGAGGUGAUGGGGUGUGAUUUUGUCUGAAGCAAGCGAAGAUACAGUAAAUCGAAUCAGGGGCUUGUGAUCGUUAAGGUAAGAGAGUUAUAGUUGAUUUUUUGUCUUUUUAGUGUGUGAAGAUGCACAUUUCUUUGUCAAGAACAAGAAAUUCGGAUACGCAAUCGCAGUCGUGUUUGCACACACAAACGCGCGGUACAUGAAGGAUGAUGAGAAUGUGAAGAUGCAAAGAUUGAAGCAUUGUUGUUUGUAAUAGUCAUGGUGGAUCGUCGAAGCACAGUAGCUUUUUUGUGUAUAAUCUUCUUGCUGUUUCACUCUACAUUCGAACAGUCUGUGCCAUUGAGGUCUCAAACUGAGCGAUUGGCUUUGAUUCAACUGAGAUCGUCGCUAGGGUUGAGAACCAGAGAGUGGCCGAUAAAGGCUGACCCAUGUUCCAACUGGAGAGGUGUUGAGUGCCAGAAUGGUCGAGUCGUUGGGAUCAACAUUUCUGGGUUUAAGCGGACUCGAAUUGGUAGGCAAAACCCCCAAUUUGCUGUUGAUGCCCUUGCCAAUUUCACUCUCUUGACGUCGUUUAAUGCUUCUCAGUUCUCGCUUCCUGGUUCAAUUCCUGACUGGUUUGGUCAGAGGCUUGUUUCGCUCCAAGUGCUCGAUCUUUGGUCUUGCUCAAUCUCUGGUACUAUUCCUUCUAGUCUUGGUAAUUUAACUAAUCUCACUACACUGCGUUUAUCACACAAUCGUCUUGCUGGGUUAAUUCCUUCUAGUUUGGGUCAAUUGUCCGGUCUUGCAGUUCUUGAUCUCUCUCAUAAUUUACUCUCCGGACCCUUUCCUUCUUCUUUUGGCUCUCUGGGGAAUCUCACUCGGCUUGACAUGGCCGCGAAUUACUUGUCUGCCACAAUUCCUCCAGACAUUGGGACUUUGUCCAAGCUUCAAUACUUGAAUCUUUCUGGUAAUAGUUUCUCUUCUGCCAUACCCGCACUACUCGGUAACCUUUCGAGUUUGGUUGAGCUUGAUCUUAGCAUCAAUUCUUUGUCCGGGUCAGUGCCCUCGGAGUUGAGAGGGUUAAGGAAUUUGCAGAAUUUGGUAAUUGGGAACAAUUCACUUGUGGGUUCUUUGCCGAGUAACUUGUUUCCUGUUCUAACCAAGUUGCAGUUUAUUGAUCUGAGUCACAAUGAUUUCACUGGGGAUCUUCCUGGCAUAUUGUGGUCAAUGCCUGAGUUGGGUUUUCUUGACGCCUCCGGCAAUAACUUCACUGGUACUCUGCCCAACUUUAGUGUGAAUGCGAAUGCCACUAAAGUAGUAUUUAACCUUUCUCAGAAUAUGUUUUAUGGAAAUCUUACAUCCAUACUUGGGGGGUUCAGUAGUAUUGAUCUGUCUGGCAAUUAUUUUCAAGGCAAGGUUCCGAAUUAUGCUCGUAGAAAUACCACAUUUCUUGGUAGAAAUUGCCUUCAACAAGUGUCAAGACAGAGGACUGUGGCAGAAUGUGCAUCAUUCUAUUCUGAGAGGGGUCUGACUUUUGAUAACUUUGGAUUCCCAAAUGCCUCCCAACCUUCUGCACCUAAACCUGCGAAAGACAAUAAUAAUAGAAGAUGGAUCAUAUUGGCAGCAGUUUUGGGGGGUCUUGGGCUUAUUGCAAUUCUGGCGAUCUUGAUUGUAUGCACCCGUAAAAGGGGUGUAGCAAAUCAAAGAGGGAAUGGUGUGGGGCCUGUUCCUACUGAUGGAACUCCACAAGUUCCCGGAGUGCCUUUGAACUUUUCGAGCCUAGGGGAAGCAUUCUCAUAUCAGCAGAUUCUCCAAGCUGCAGGUGAUUUCAAUGAUGUAGACCUUAUCAAACAGGGCCAUUCUGGUGAUCUCUUCCGAGGUUUCUUGGAAGGUGGGAUCCCAGUAGUCAUCAAAAGAAUUGACUUGCGCUCUUUCAAGAAGGAAGCUUACAUGCUAGAGUUGGAUUUUUUCAGCAAGGUUUCUCAUGUUAGAUUGGUCCCAUUCCUGGGACAUUGCCUGGAUAACGAGAAUGAGAAGUUUUUGGUUUACAGAUAUAUGACAAAUGGUGACUUGUCAAGUUCUUUAUUCAGGAAAACGAAUUCGGAGGAUGAAGGUUUACAGUCAUUAGAUUGGAUAACGAGGCUGAAAAUUGCGAUAGGAGCUGCAGAGGCUUUGUCUUAUCUACAUCAUGAAUGUACUCCACCUCUUGUGCACAGAGAUGUUCAAGCAAGCAGUAUCCUUCUUGAUGAUAAGUAUGAAGUGCGACUAGGAAGCUUGAGUGAGAUCUGUGCUCAAGAAGGGGACACUCAUCAAAACAUGAUUACCAGGUUCCUGCGGCUGCCACAGACAUCUGAACAAGGCGCUUCUGGUUCACCUACAGCAACUUGUGCUUAUGAUGUUUACUGCUUUGGAAAGGUGUUGCUCGAGCUGGUAACAGGCAGGCUGGGCAUCAGCGCAUCCAGUGAUGCUGCCAUGAAGGAUAUGUUAGAAGGGAUUUUACCUUACAUCAGCAUAUAUGACAAGGAACUUGUUAUGAAUAUUUUGGACCGGUCUCUAAUCAUAGAUGACGAUUUGUUAGAGGAAGUAUGGGCCAUGGCAAUUGUUGCCAGGUCUUGCCUCAAUCCCAAGCCUUCAAGGAGGCCCCUUAUGAGAUAUAUCCUUAAAGCUUUGGAAAAUCCUUUGAAGGUAGUAAGAGAAGAACAUGCUAGCUCCGCCAGGCUUAGAACUACUUCCUCCAGAGGAUCUUGGAAUGCUGCUUUAUUUGGUAGCUGGCGUCAUAGCUCAUCAGAUGUGGUGGCCAUUCCAGCUGCCCCCACCAACGUGAUGGAAGGAGGUAGUAGCUUGAAACAGUCGAGAACCACGGGUUCUCAGGAAAGUGGUCAAAAUGGUGGAGGUGGUGGUGAUCAUUCAUCCUCAACAACGAGACGACAGUCGAAGGAGAUGUUCCCCGAACCAUCCGAUGUGCAAGAUGUAGUAGAGAGACCGAAUUCGGACUAGUAAACAUGUAUGACAGUUCUUGAUUCUUUGUCAAUAAGUGCAGCAGGCUCCCUAUUUGAUUGCCUUGCUUUGUUGGUACCCUGGUACUCCAUUUUUGGGGGUUUUGAGGUUGUAAGACAUUUUGUUCUUAUAUUUGGGGUCUUAAAAAGGUGCAAAGUGAAGGAAAAUCUAUACAGAAUUUUGAAGAUCAUUGUUUCUCAGCACAACGAAUUCUGAUUGUUUAUGGUAAUGUGAGAGAGAGAGAGAGACCUUGUGGGGAGAAGAGGGUUGGGGGGUGCCAUGUUUUUUGGUCCUUUCUUAUUUGUAUGAGGGCUUGUUUAUUGUUGGAACAAGUUACAAAUUUUUAUGUGUAACUGGUCUUUGUUUCAUGUCCAUUUUUGGAAUGUAAAUUGUAAUGAGUUCAGCUUCUUUCGAUUUAUGGGGGAAAAACACAAGAAAGAUGAUCAUAUUGUUUUCCUUUCUUCUA